AAAAAAAAAAAAACAGAAGUCGAAAACGCGUUGUUCAAAUUUUCUCAAACACACACACAUCCUCAUCCAUGAAAUCCGGUAUUUUUCCAUAAAUAAAUAUAAAUCUCAAAAGUUUUAUUACAAAAUAAAAUAAAUAAAAAUGAUAGGAUGGAUGAAACAGCUUGGAAUUGCUUUUGGUGCUUCAUUUAUAUGGCUUGUCUGCUUGAUUUACUUUACCCAGGGUUUUAGAUCAUUUGUAUGGACAGCGGUUUCUUAUCAGCUGAAAGACAGGCUAAAAUUGUCGCCCUCUGCUUCUCAGUUUGUGACUUCAAUAGCAUUUUUUCCAUGGAGCAUAAAACCAAUAUACGGGAUCUUGUCAGAUUGUAUACCGAUCAAAGGAAGAAAAAGGAUGCCUUAUUUAGUCAUUGCAACGCUUCUCUCUCUCUUUCCAUGGGUGAUUCUUGGCCUGCAGGAGACCAUAAGAAAUUCAAGAGGUCAACUCAUGAUCUUUUUGUUAAUUCAGAAUCUUGGUUCUGCAAUGGCAGAUGUUGUCAUUGAUGCAAUGAUUGCUGAAGCAGCAAGACUUGAAAAGGCUAAAUUUGCUGGUGACCUACAGUCAGCAUCAUGGAUGGCAAUGGCUCUUGGGGGAAUCUGUGGAAGUUUAUUAGGUGGAUAUGCACUAAGUAACGUUCAUAUGGAAAAUAUUUUUCUGCUAUUUGCUGUUUUGCCAAUGGUGCAACUACUUUCGUGUGCUUUUGUAAAGGAGACUCCUGUACAUAGCAAGUCCUCACCCAAGUUUUCCAACUCGAAUGACUCUGAAGAACUGAAUGGCAGCAUGGGAGAUGAAAAUAAAUCCUCGAUUCAAGUACAUAAGACCAAGUCAGUGAGGAGAAAGAAGAGUUUUAAACAGAAAAAGAAGGGAAAGAUCAAUGGUAGUAAUGAUCUGAUGCCUGUAAAAGAGGGAUCUUUCUCAUCACAAUUGCUUCAAUCGUUAAAAAUGGCUGGUUAUACAUUGUUUAAGGCUUUCCGACAACCAAUUAUCUUAAGACCAAUGGCUUGGUUUUUCCUAGCGCAGGUAACGAUGCCGAACCUCUCUACAGUUAUGUUCUACUACCAGACAGAAGUCCUAAACUUAGAAGCAUCGUUUCUGGGCACAGCACGUGUUAUCGGAUGGAUAGGCCUAAUGCUUGGAACUUUCGUUUACAAUCGCUUUUUGAAGAAGAUGAAAUUACGAAGAAUUCUUAUGUUGGCCCAUGUUGCUCUGUCUUUGCUAACACUUCUAGAUAUAGUGUUGGUUUCUAGAUUGAAUGUUUCGUUAGGCAUAUCAGAUCAGACAAUGGUGCUAUUUGGAUCUGCUCUCUCAGAUGCCAUCAAUCAAUUCAAGUUCAUGCCUUUCCUGAUUCUAUCAGGACAUUUAUGCCCACCUGGAAUAGAAGGGACUUUAUUUGCACUCUUCAUGUCAAUAAACAACCUGGGGGCUACUGUUGGGGCAUUUUUUGGUGCAGGCUUGGCUUCCGUUUUGAACAUCUCUUCAGGCUCUUUUGAUAACCUCACUUCUGGGAUUGCCAUACAAGUCAUCUGCACAUUUUUGCCAGUUGGUUUCCUCUUUCUCAUACCAAAGGACGCUACAGGAAUUUCAGCAUAGAUACAAACGCCCCAACGUCUUCUCAUAAUAUUGUAGACUUUUUAACAGUUUGGAAAAGAAAUCAUGUGAAGUGGAUUGCCAACCCAAUAUACUCCAAAGUAUAGUUCAGAUAGAUGCAUACAUUGAUGUAAUGUUAGACUGAAGUAUGUUGUUAGAUUUUAUAUAGUUCGGGUUGACAUACAGGACAAUGACUCUUAUUGUAAACGCCAAUGAGUUAUUGCUUCUAGUUUCAUGACAUGGUCGAACCUAUCAAGGCGGGUAUGCAUACUUGAAGUACUGAUUAAGUUUAAUCCGCCAAAGCUAUUGGGAUUUCUAAACCA